CAACGAGCCGGCGGGGGCAAAAGAUGGCGACGCCCCUUGGGUGGUCGCAGGGGGGCUCUGGAUCUGUGUGUCUCGCCUUCGAUCAACUGCGGGACGUGAUUGAAUCUCAGGAGGAACUGAUCCACCAGCUGAGGAAUGUGAUGGUUCUCCAGGAUGAAAAUUUUGUCAGUAAAGAAGAGUUCCAUGAAAUAGAGAAGAAACUGGUGGAAGAGAAAGCUGCUCAUGCCAAAACCAAAGCCCUCCUGGCCAAGGAAGAAGAGAAGUUGCAGUUUGCCCUGGGAGAGGUGGAGGUGCUGUCCAAGCAGCUGGAGAAAGAGAAGAUGGCCUUUGAAAAAGCGCUCUCCAGUGUCAAGAGCAGAGUCCUGCAGGAGUCUAGCAAGAAGGACCAGCUCAUCACCAAGUGCAAUGAAAUUGAAUCCCACAUUAUAAAGCAAGAAGAUAUACUUAAUGGCAAAGAGAAUGAGAUUAAAGAGUUGCAGCAAGUUAUCAGCCAGCAGAAACAGAAUUUCAGGGCUGUGCAGCCUACGACGACCAGCUGGCUCCGUUGCAGGAAUCACAUGUCUGACUUCAGGAUCCAAAGGCAGCAGGAGACCUACAUGGCCCAGGUGCUGGACCAGAAGCGUAAAAAAGCCACAGGAACGCGUCGGGCCCGGAGCCGUCAGUGUUCCAGGGAGAAAUAAACUGCUUGUUAUCUUCCUGUUCUCUGGCUGUUAUGCCCAACCUCUCUACCUUCUCUGUCCUGGGAAGACCAGAUCUCCCCUUCCAUCCCAUGCACCCCUCCAUGAGCAGUUGCACUGUCUGCCUCCUGUAGCAAAUCAAGACACCGAGGGUUACCUGGGACUCAGGUCUGGAGACCACCACCAUUGCAGCUGCCUCUCCUGAGCUUAAGAGGGAACACUGCCCAUGUCCUCAGCCCCUACUGCUGCCCUCCUCUGGGAUGGGGUAGAGCCAGAGGGAGGGAGUGGGAACUGUGUCUCUGUGGG